AUGGAGGAUACAACUACCAAAAUGAAAAGACAACUCCUACUUAAGGAGAUUGAUCUAGAAAAAUCAAAAAUCGAACGACUAAGAAAGGAAAUUGAAUUACAAAAGUUAUUAAAUGAAACUAAAAAGAUGGAUAUGAGGGAAGAGUUAUUUCAAAUAUUUAUUCAAAAAAAAUCUAAUAUUGAAAAUGAGUUGAAAAAAAAACAAGAAGAAGGAAAAGAAUAUAUAAAACAAAGAAAUAUGAAGGUUGAAGACAUAAUUAAUAACCUUCAAACAGAAAUGAAUGAUGUUCAAACAAAAAAUGUUUUAUCAACCACUAUUGGUUAUGACUUCUCAGAUGAACUAAUUAAAAUAUUUCAAGAAAAAGUUCACUUAAAACAUACUCAAUUAUUAUUUUCAAGUAAAACUGAUGAUUUCACCAGUUACUCUUUUAAUAACAAAAUUGUAAACAAAUCAAACGUUAUGAUAUUUAUUAAAACUGAAAACGACUCAUUGAUUGGGAGUUUUACUUCAACAACUAUUCCUCCACCAAGUCAAAGUGAUAGAGUGAUAGUUACUGAUCAAUCUCAUUUUAUUUUUAUAAUAACACAAAACGGAUUAAAUACUUUUUCGUUAAAAAAAAAUUGGAUGUGUUCAUUAUGUGUAUGUCCAAAUACAGGUGAUGAUGUUGUUGUAAUAAAUUCGUUUUUCGUAAUAAAGAAAUCAAGAGAGUUAUGGAUCCCAUCAGAACCAUUUAAGGAGAAUUAUUCAUCUACACUUGAUCUUGUAACGUUACUCAAUACAAACACGGAUGGUUAUUCAACAAUAAAAUCAUUAACUGCUAUUGAAUGGUUUUAA